AUGGUGAAUGUUAUAGCAGUUUUUCACCAGAAUUUCUCCAACUCAUCAGUUUACUACGAUUAUAGUAAUUUUGGAAAUUUGACAAUUUCGGAACACAUUUGGGACAAAGAACAUGGACCAGAUGCCAUAUUUCCAGAUCAAGCUCGAAAUCUUAAUGCAGCUUCUUUAUCUAUUAUUUUUGGACCAAUGGCAGCUGGAGUAAUAAUAUCCAAAAAUGGAAAUAGUGAUAAAAUAGUUGGUGGUUAUACUGGAAAUUUAUUUAGCUCUUUUGCUAAGAGACAUAACAUCACAUUGAACAUUUCUAACAUUAUUUCUUCACUUUCGCCUCUGAGCAUUUAUGAAAAAGUUUUAAAUGGAACCAUUGAUAUGUCAGGUUCUGCUCCAGUGCAAUCGAUUGAAUGGUUUUCAUAUCCCAUCUUUGUGUAUGAUUGGGGAGUUAUGCUCCCUGUUGAACCUAAUAUCCCAAUUUAUAAAGUGUUUGCCUUUAUUAUCAAUGGGAAAGCCUUUGCAAUAUUAAUUGUGAUUCUCAUUUUGAUAUCAGUUUUGCUGAAAAUAGCUGCUAAGGUAUUAAAGCCACAUGGUUCUUUUUUCAACUGUGAUUUAUUCUUCAAUAUCGAUUGUUUUCGAGGAAUUCUGGCACAGUCAUUUUCUGUAACACCACGAGCUUCAUUCACAACAAAAAUCACAUAUUCGUUGAUCUUUUUGCUUGGAAUCAUGCUAAUUACAUCAUACAACGCAUUUCUUCAAUCAUUCAUGACUCAAAUACCAAAGGAAAAAAUGAUAAAAUCUUUUGAUGCUCUCCAAUCAUCUGGAUUAAAAAUUUAA